AUGCAGAACCGUUCGUCGGUAGAUUACAUCGCUUCACAUUCAUUAAAUAAUGGAAUGCAUAAGACAAUAUUGGAAAUAAAUUCUAAUUUUCCAUAUCCAAUAAAUAAUUUAUGUAUACCAAAUAAUUUAGAUAAAUUUGAUUUAUCAUCUUGUUAUAGUAUAUUACGAAAUUUAACUGGAGAGAUACCAAAGAAGGGCCGGUGGGAUGAAAAUCUUAGUUCAAUGGAUCCAAAUGAUCAUUCAUUAGCUGCUAAUUUUAAUCGAUUACGAUUAAUACGAAAUGUAAAUUUUGGUCAUCUAAUUACAUUAAAGUUGAAUGACCAUGAUUAUGAUUAUUAUAAACAUGAACUAAAACGAAUAAUUACUGGUCUAUGUGAUGAUCAAAAUAUGAAAGAAGAUUAUGAAAAGAAAAUCGAUUCUGUAUUAUCGUCAUCCUAUAGUGAUAAAGAAAUAUUUAAAAAAUAUCGAGAAGAAAUAAUUGAUUUGAUGAUAGGACACAAGGAAGACUUAAUAAAGGAGAUCGAAAAAUUAGACAUUAAAGACAACAAUGAAUAUAAACAAGAAAUAAAAAGUCUUUAUGAUCUCUUAAAAUAUUCAAACGACAAUGAUGAAAUUAGAAAAAAACUAAAUGAAAUAAUUGAGAAUGAAGUAAUAACGUCAAUGGUAUCAACACUUGAUGAGAUAAGUUUAAGUCUAUCUGAACUUACAAAUCAAAAUAAAUAUUCAACAAUCGUUUCAGAAAUGAACGAAAAUAAAUAUGACAACACUAAAUUUGAUAAUUUAAAAAAGGAUAUUUUAGAUUUGAGAGAGGAUAAAACAUUAAUACGAUUAUCAAGCAAUGUACCAAAUGAAAGCAUAAGAAAUUUUAUACGAAAAGAAGCAUUAUUCAAGGAAAUAGAAGACAUAUUUUCAAAAUCAAAUAAAGAUGUUAUCAUUAGCGGUUAUGCUGGUUCGGGUAAGACAACACUUGCAUUAAAAUAUGCUCAUGAACAAAACGAUGAGAAUAAUAAAAUAGUUCGUUGGUUUAAUGCUGAAUCAAAAGAUUUUGUUUGGAAUGAUUACAAAAAUUUGGCAACACAAGAACUUAGAAUAGGAAAUGAAAUAAAUGAAAGACAAAUUAUUAUAAAUUUGGUAAAUAGUAGACUACAAAUAUUGGGAUUAAAUAUUCUGUUUGUAUUUGACAAUGCAAAAGAUGCUGAUGAUAUUAAUGAAUUAAUAAUAAAUUUACCACGCAAUGUUCAAACAAUCAUAACAACUAAAAAUAAUAAUUUGAAAGACAAUUUCAAGUUUGGCAACGGAUCAAAUUUAGAAAUGAAACCAUUUAAUAAAGGUGAAUGUAUUGAAUAUAUAAACAAAUUAGAUAAAAAGCGAACGUUUAGUCAGUUUCAAGCAGAAAAACUAAUUGAUCUGAUAAAAACAAAUGAAAAAGUCUAUCCAUUUAAAUUGUCAAAAGUGGUGGCUUUACUACAAAAGAAAACUUCAUGGACCAUACAAAAUUAUGAAGAAAAAAUACAAGAACAUGGGGAGAUAGAAGCAGAAGAGUAUUUGCUUAGAGAACUAAUAAACGAAUCACCAAAUGGAUGGAAAUUAUUACAGCAUUGCGUUUAUUUAGAUGAAAAUUUUAUAAGCAUAGAUAUACUAAAAGAAAUAUUAACAGAAGAAAACAGCCAUGCACGAAAAGGAUUAGAAUAUAGACUACAAGCACUGGAAAUGUAUCGAGAUUUAUAUGAAAGCAGUCACCCAGACGUCGCAAGAUUAUUGGAUAACGUUGGAUACAGUUAUGACAAACUAGGCCAUGCACGAAAAGGAUUAGAAUAUAGACUACAAGCACUGCAAAUGUAUCGAGAUUUACACAAAUUCAGUCAUCCAGAUGUGGCAAGGGUAUUGAAUAACGUUGGAGACAGUUAUGACAAACUAGGAGAUGCACGAAAAGGAUUAGAAUGUAGACUACAAGCACUGGAAAUGUGUGGAGAUCUAUAUAAAGGCAGUCAUCCAGAUGUGGCAAGGGUAUUGAAUAACGUUGCAUACAGUUAUGACAAUCUAGGAGAUGCACGAAAAGGAUUAGAAUGUAGACUACAAGCACUGGAAAUGUGUCGAGAUGU